AUGCUGCCUCUGUCCCCAUCAACAGUAUCCUCCCUGGAUACAAAGGACGCCGAGUCCGCGAAGACUUUCGGCAGUCCCGAGUCACUCUCACCGGUCGAGGCAGCGAGGGACUGUGAUUCGCACCUACCAUUCGAAAUCCCGGGUGCUGUGGUGUUGUCUGCCCCCUCCAUUUCUACACUUCGACAAACUGCGAACGAUGUCUAUCAUCAAAUCAACUCCGACACGUCUUACUCGAACCAGUUUAUUAUCGUGUUGAACCUAUCCCGACAAGUGCAGGAGCUUAUCGGUGGAGAUCGAAAUCCUCUUGCGGUUCCCUACAGAUUGACUCUCGACGCACAGCACCAGCAAGGGGUUAUUCGAAUCAUGCCCUCAAAAGCUCAUGAGCGUGUGACACGGUCAUUUUCGAAUAAACUCGUGCUGAAAUUAUUCGAAAUGGGAAUUGAUUCAGACGAUUACACUAUGAACUCGGCCUCCCGGUACUGCGGAAAUUUAUGCGAGAAAGAAGCCGACGAGUCUCUGACUCCGUUAGGAAAUCCUUCUGAAGAUAACGACUGGCCUUCGCUCGUUAUUGAAAUUGGUCUUUCUGAAUCAGAGGCACAACUACGAACUGAUGCACACUGGUGGUUCUCAAAUUCCGGCUACCAAGUCAACAUGGUUAUACUCUUUUAUAUCCAGAGAUCCCCUGAGCGCAGAGUCACCUUGAAACUCUACCACCUCAGACCUACCACCCCCAGAAUCACGCGUGGACUACAGGCAGAGGUCGAGCACUCUCUGCUAUCUGAUCCUACGACUCAAACAGUCUUCUCAACAGCGCUACGAUCUUACUUAGCGGCCAAAGAGAUUACUAUUACAAGAAGUAUUGAGAAUGCUCCACUAGAGCUAGAGUUCGAAUCCGUUAUGCGCCGCCCGCCCGCCCUAAACACGAACGAAAGAAAUAUUAUAUUCACUGCUGAGGAUCUUGCUACGUGUUGCCGCUACGCCCUUCCAAUAGCUUGA